AUGAACUCCAAUAACGCCAAUCCUCAUCCAGAUCUAGUGGUCAAUAAUAAACUCCUCCACCAUCACACAUCCAUACCACCACAGCAAUCACCGCAACCGCAAUCCCAACAAAUUGAACAAAUAUCUGGUUCUCAACCUCAAAAAAGACAAAGUAGUUUAUCGACUUAUAUGAUUGGUAAUUCAAAUAAAAGAAUGCCAACGGCCGGUCCGGCUCAAGAGUUUCAAUAUGGCUCAUCGCCCACUACAAGAUAUCAACCAAUGAAUACUAAUAAUCCUAUGGCAAGAAGUAAUAUAAGGAGGAAUCUUACUACUACGGGUGGUGCUAUGAAGACUCCAACUCCUUCGGCUUAUGAUGUUCCUUCAAGUCCUAAUACAAAUCCCUUAACUAAUUUAUCUAAUCAAAAUCAUUCAGAUCUGUCUGAUUCAAACCCCGUCAUGGAUCAACAUGAUAUAGGUCAUAAUGAUGUAUCAUCAAUUACAGGAGAAUCGAAUAUAAAUCCCGUUAAAUCAUCUGAUAUUCAACUGGAUCAGCAACUGCAACUGCAACUGCAGCAGCAACUGCAACAACAACAAUCGUCAUCAUCAUCAUCAUCAGCAAAUCAACAUCGAGCCAUGUCUGAUGAAGAACAACAAUUGGCUACAAAAUUAAAGGAAACUUAUAAGAAUAUUGUUAAUUUUGAAGAGAUUGUUCAAAAGAAUUGCAUUGAAAUCACCGUUAAAAUUAAUCAAAUCACUAGUAAUGUAUCUAAUACACCCAAUAUGAAUAUGAAUAUGAAUAUGAAUAUGAAUAUGUAUGGGAAUUCCCCAUUAAUUAAUCAACAAUUAUCAUCCUCAGUAAAUUCCAAUAAUUCAAUUACAUCCAAUACAGUUAAAACUUCAGAAUUACUGAAUGAUUUAUGGACAGUUUAUCAUCAUAAUAUAACUUUAUUAGAUAAUUAUUAUGAUUUUCUUGUCACGGCAUUAAAACCUUCAUCCAAUCAAACACAAUUUAAAACCGGUAAAAAUAUUGUCGAAUUAUAUAAAAUUCCUCGGAGAAUGUGGGUUUAUGGAAUUGUGGGAUUUCUUGAAGUUUUAAAGAAUAUUAUAAGUAUAUUUCAAGAUCAUGAAAUUUGUUCAUGCUUUAUAUCUUAUUGUUUUAAUAUUAUAUCAAAUUUAACUGAUCCAGCAUUAGAAAUGGAAGGUUGGUGGCUGGAAAAAUUAGGAGAUUUAUCAAGAAUGGCAAUUGCUUUAUAUCCUUCUAAAUUUAUUGAUUGGAAAAUUAGUGCAGAAUACUGGUAUUCUAUUGCUAUGAAAACUUUAUAUGGUCAUGGGAAAAUUUAUUAUCAUAUGUGUACUGUUCAACAAGAUAAUUUAGAUGCUUUAGUUAAUAUUGGUAAAUCAGUAAUUUGUCGAGAUCCCUUUGUUCCAACUCAACAUUAUUUAAAAUUAGUGGUUGAGAAUAUUUGUACUCAAAGAAAUAUAUUAUCAUUAUUAGAAUUACCAAUUAUUGAUUUUAUAAAGAUUCAUAAAGUUUUAUUAAGUAUUUAUUCUAGUAAUAGAAAUGAUGGUACAUCGGUUUCGAAUUCGGUUGAAAGUAUUCAUGAUACUCAACUUCAAUAUGGAAUAGAUCUUGUAACUCGGUAUGGUCUUACUUUUGGUUCCGAUUCUAAUGGGUAUAAUUUCUUUACGAGAGAAUUGUAUACUGCUACGGGUGUUACAUUGAUUAGUGAUCCUAACCAUCCUUAUUAUUUACAACAACAGCAGCAGCAGCAACAACAGCAGCAGCAGCAACAGCAACAGCAACAACAACAACAGCAGCAACAGCAGCAACAGCAACAACAGCACCUGCCCAGCGCAACAAACGCCAUAGAAAAGAUGAACUUCUGGUUUAAUAAAGGUUCUUCAUUUGCCAUUGCUAAUAUUAAUCAUUUAGUAGGAUUAGGAGAUGCCAAGAAUCCAUUUUCCAAGAUCUUUAUGUUACCAGAAGCUCUUAAAGAAAGAAAAGAUAAGAAAGAUCGAAAACGGAAGUCGAGAGUUUCUCAAACUCAACAACAAGUUGAAGAAGCCAUAAAUGGAGUUGAAGGUCAAUCCAUUACUGCAUUAGAUUUAAGUGAAAAUGAUUGGUUUUAUUGUUUACAAUUUAUUAAUAAAUCCGUGUUGGAAUUAUCGGUUCGAAUCUUAAAUCAUUACUUAAUUGGUCCAAAACAAGCUUCAACUGGUCAUGUUAUUGUUUGGUUAUAUUUUUUGAUUUCCGUUGGUGAAGCAUCGCAAAAAUUCCCGACUUCUAAGCCAAUGUUUGAAUGGUUAUUUAAAAAAUUAUUCCCCUGGGAAUCCUUUAUUAACUAUUUAAAUUCCUUACUUUCUAUUAUUAAGAAUAGUGCAAGAUUAAGUGAAUUAUGUAGUCAUUAUAUUAAUAAUUAUCCAGAUUAUAUUCAUUAUUUUAAUAAUAAUGAAACCCUUCCUGAAGUUUGGAAAUGUUGGGGUACAUUAUGGUUUGAUUGUAUUGAAUUAAAAUGUGAUUAUACUGAUGUAGAAUCAGCCGGAGUUAAAAAUAGUAAUUUAUUUGAUAUGCCAGCUUGUGGAACUUAUCCAGUUGUAACUAUGCCAACUGAAUCAGAUCAAAAAUCUCGGAAAACUAUGGAAAGUGAAAAUGAUGAAAGAAUUAUUAGAAUUAUCUUAUUAGCUAGAGUAUUGGCAGAUCUGUAUGAUUUUGGACUUGUUAGAACUCCCAAUGAAUUUAAAUAUGAUGAAAAUAUUCAUAGUACAACUGAUUCAUCGGUAGUUUUAUCAAAUAAUUCAAGACCAGGAGAUCCUUAUUCUUAUAUGGAAGAAUUUCUUUUGAGUGAUGGAAGAUUUGUUCAAAAUAAUUUUCUUCAAGCUAUUUCACUUGAUAAUUUAUAUAGUGCUAAUGAUGGAUUUAGUAUUGCUCAAAAGGAUACUUUAUGGUUUGGAAGAUUUGAUAAUGAGGAUGAAGAAGAUGAAGAAGAAGAAGCAUAUUCUGAAUUUGAAGAAGAUAUGUCUGACCAACAACAACAACACCACCAACAAGAACUGGUUGUAGCAAAUGCCGAAUAUUAUGGAAAUCCAAAUAUAAAUAUAAAUUCCGAAUUUAUUGAUGGAAAUCUUGGAGAAUACAUGGAUACUAAUAUUACUUACAUUACUUUAGAUACAAAUAUUUGGUUAAAACAUUGUGGUAGAGUAUUUAAAUGUGUUCGGAAUGGAAUCUUUAAGAUUCUGAUUCCUUUAAUUGUAUUUCAAGAAUUACGAGCCCUUCGAAAAUCUGCAGAAGCAACAAUUGCGGAUGCAGCUACAAGAUCAGUUAUUAUAAUUCGUGAAUUAUAUUUAUCCAAAGAAAUCUUACCAUUAAGAUAUGAUGGAACCGUUGCGUCUGAUAUUAAUGAAACAACGGAAUUUGAAAAUAAUUCGAAUUGGAGAUCCAGUGUUGAUGAAACCAUCUUAAAUUCAGUUAAUGAAAAUGAUGAGAUUGGUAAAAAACUGGCUAAGGGUAUAAAUCAAAGAUUAUCAAUUUAUCGAGCCAAUAAAGAGGAACAAAAUCAAUCUAAUCGUGCUGCAAAUUCAGUCAUAUUAAAUUCUAAACAUGCUCGAUUAUUUCGGUACUGUAUCUUAAUUACUGACGAUAGAAACUUGCGACUUCGAGCUAAAACGGUGGGACUUGUAAGCUUUCAGAAAAAAAUCAUUGCUAUUAUUUUAGCCCUUUUCUUACCUCCAUUAGCUGUCUUUAUGAAAGUUGGUGCUACAACUCCAUUAUGGAUUGAUUUAGUAUUAUGUCUUUUCAUUUGGUUCCCUGCUAUUUUAUACGCUUUGUAUAUUGUCUUAAAGGAUUAA